AUGCUGCGAAAAGCCUUGCUAUUCGGUGCCCUGGCCACCGUAACCCUGGCCCAGUGCCAAGCGGGUGGGCUGUAUGAUCAGCAGCUGGGCGGAUGCGUGUAUUUGCAGGCGUCUGCCACUUUCUCGCAAGCCGAAUCUGCCUGUGUCCAGCGUGGAGGACACCUCGUUUCCGUUCACAACGCCUUCGAUAAUACCGAUGUCACGCAGCAAGGGGCAGCCGGCGCCUUCCAACGAUUUUUCCUGGGUGCGAUGCGGUACGGCGCCAAUCUGACGUUUUACAAUGUCGAUGGCAGCGCGUGGACCUAUCAGAAUUGGGCGCCAAUCCAACCGCUCAGCGACAACUGCGUGGCCAUCCAGACCGACAGUCGUCAAUGGUAUACCACGGACUGCAAUCAGCCGCUCCCCUCGAUUUGUUUGGCUAGGAAUACUGUACCGACCGUGUCUCCCACCCUACAAUGCCCAGCCGGAUGGAGCUACUUUGCUGCUAGCAACGCUUGUUACUGGGUUGGUACCAACUCCACGUUCUACGAUUCCGAAGCGACAUGCCAACGGCUGGGCGGGCAUUUAGCAUCUGUGCACUCUUUGGCUGAAAGCAGCUAUAUUAUUGGUCUGACGCUCAGCUACGCGAACAGCUGUUCGAGAAGCGCCCCUUACUGGUCGGUGGGGUGGAUUGGAGGUCUGAUGAACAACGUGUGGACGUGGACCGACGGGACGCCCUUCAACUUUGACAAACUCUACGGCCAUGGCGACCCGAAGACCGGGGCACUUUCGAUCACCUCCGAGAUCAGCUGCUCCGAUUUAGGCUACUGGCGUGUCCGAGACCCGUCAAAAGUAUUGCCCUGGUAUGUCUGCAAAAGGUAUCCGGGGUAU